CGGCAUUCAGAAAACGCAGCAGCAGGAGCAGCAGCAGGAGCAGCAACAGCAGACGACGCGGCUGAGCGAGCAGUACGUGGAGGGAUUCUCAAGAAGGAGCGGGAGUAGGACGAAGAGGACGCGCUGCGGCAGGAGCAAGGACAUCCCACAUCCAACAUUCAACGCACAUGCACGACAGGAGGGCUUAGCACCUGCACUCGAGCCGCAGACAGCAGAAGAGCCAACGCACGGAAUAAUUGUCUAUAACUUCCAUUAAAUAUUUUGCACAAACCAUGUUGUAAAGUAAAAUUGUAUACGGGAAGCAAAAAGUGAGAAUACUUGCUGAAACAAGCAAAGCGGAAACCAGGCCACGCCACAAACAGCUACUUGUGGUCAAUUAUACAAGAGCGGAGCGGAAAAAAAGAUAAAACACCAGUCGGACAUUAAGUUGUCGAAAAAAUACCGACAACAUUGCGACGUGGCCAUUUUGACCAAUAAUAAUAAUGGUUAUGCUGCUCUCGAAUCGACAACUCCCGCCAUCAGCAGCAACGAGAACGCGGCGGAAAGUGCCGCCCACGGCGAGGAGGUCGGGGUGGGCGUGGUCAUCCCUGCUAAUUCUGGUCGUCCUGGACAUAUAUAUAUCUGGAUGCUCGGCUGCCGGCAUAAGUUAUAGCAGCAACAGCGGCAACCUGAGCACUUCGCAAAAGAGUCCCUCGUCGGUGAAUAAUGGCGGACUCGUGCUGAUCGGUUCCAGCAGUGCCACUUCCAGUUCCGUACCCUCAUUAUCCCUCACUUCAUCAUCGUCGGCGGGCUUGUCGUCCCCCGGCAGCAGCUCAUCCUCCUCCUCAUCUUCCACGAGCACCAGCGGAUCCAAUGGCAACCGCAGUGGAAGACCCACAAGCAAUAACAGCAACUCGAACUCGAACUACAGCCCGAACCAUGAUCAAUUACCCGCCCAGCUCUCGUCGCGGAUUAUCAACACACGCAAUGGCGCCAUAUCGGGCGUAAUUGUCCAAUUAGACGGAAGGCACUUGGAUCCGGUGGAGGCGUACCGAGGAAUACCCUACGCCUCGCCGCCGGUCGGCAAUUUGAGAUUCAUGCCGCCCGUCUCCGCGGCCAUGUGGUCAGGUGUCAAAAAGGCGGACAGAUUCAGCCCGGUUUGCCCGCAAAGAUUGCCGGACAUUCACAACGAGACGGCGGCCCUGGAACGGAUGCCCAAGGGCAGACUAGAGUAUCUGAAGAGAUUGCUGCCCUAUCUGCAGAAUCAAUCAGAGGACUGCCUCUAUCUAAAUAUUUAUGUGCCCAUACAAGUUGGAUCGCGUGACUCCUCGGGCGGUUCUUCGUCCUCGUCUGCCGGGUCCUCGACCUCCUCGUCAUCGGGAAGUGGAGGCUCCAGCUCAUCCUCCUCAUCGUCUUCAUCGUCCUCCUCGUCGGCUGGAAGUGGAAGUCCCGCCAAGUAUCCGGUGCUGGUCUUCGUGCACGGCGAGUCAUAUGAAUGGAACAGCGGCAAUCCCUACGACGGAUCCGUGCUGGCCAGCUAUGGACAAAUAUUGGUGGUAACCAUAAAUUAUCGCCUCGGAGUGCUGGGAUUUCUGAAUGCCAACACGGACCGCUACUCCAAGCUGCCGGCCAAUUACGGCCUGAUGGACAUCAUUGCAGCGCUGCACUGGCUUAAGGAGAACAUCGCGGCCUUCGGCGGGGAUGCCAACAGCAUCACCCUCGCAGGACACGGAACGGGAGCCGCCUGCGUUCACUUCCUCAUCUCGUCGAUGGCCGUGCCGGAGGGCCUGCUCUUCAACCGAGCCAUCUUGAUGUCCGGAUCAGGUCUGGCACCAUGGUCAUUGGUCAGUAAUCCGGCCAAGUACGCUGCCAUCGUGGCCCACCACGUGAACUGCGCCUCAGACCUCCCACACGCCCACCUCAUGAAGUGCCUGCGCGAGAAGACACUGGACCAGCUGCUCAGCGUGCCCAUUCGUCCGCCGGAGUUUGGCUUUGCCUUCGGGCCCAGCAUCGACGGCGUGGUCAUCGACGGUGGCGACUACGUGCCCCCCGCCCCUGGAUCUCCGGCGGCCCAGGCUCAAGCUCAAGCUUCCACGGCCGCCGGCAACGGAUUGGGCGGAGAGGCGGGAAUCGCAGCUGCGGGCGGCUGGGGAACACCGGGACAGCUCGAGAAUAUCGUAUUAAUGAGAAAAACUGCCAUUAACAAGUUGUCAAGAUACGACCUGAUGGCCGGCGUGACACGUGCCGAGGCCUUUUUCAGCUUCAAUUCGGGCGACGUGCAAUAUGGAAUCGAGGCGGAUCGACGGUCGAGAAUUUUAAAGGCCUACGUACGGAACACGUACACGUUUCAUUUGAACGAGAUAUUCGCCACGAUUGUCAAUGAGUAUACGGAUUGGGAGAGGCCCGUGCAGCAUCCAAUUAAUAUCCGGGACGAAACACUGGAGGCGCUCAGCGAUGCUCAGGUGGUGGCUCCGGCGGCUCAAACGGUGGAUUUGCACUCGGCGGAUCAUCGAAACUCAUACUUGUAUGUGUUCGACUACCAGACGCGAUUCGGUGAUUAUCCUCAGCGCCAGGGAUGCAUUCACGGCGAGGACCUGCCUUACAUCUUUGGUGCCCCGCUCGUCGGCGGUUUUAAUCACUUCACGCGCAACUACACGAAAACCGAAAUCAGUCUAUCGGAAGUUGUGAUGUUCUAUUGGUCCAACUUUGUGCGAACGGGCAAUCCAAAUGAGCAAAUGGAAACGGAGCAUGGAAGUCGUCAGGAACGGAGUCGCUAUAAAACAAUCGAGUGGACAGCCUACGAAAGUGUGCACAAGAAAUACCUAAAUUUUGACACCAAGCCAAAGCUCAAAAAUCACUAUAGAGCGCAUCGCCUCUCCUUCUGGCUAAAUCUUAUCCCGGAUCUGCAUAAGCCAGGAGGCGACAAUGUGCCCGCCGCACACCACCAACUGCACGACGAUGACGACGAGGACAACAACAUACCCAGCGAUGCCUCCGUGAAGCCUCUUAAUCCGCCUUACACUUCACGGGCUGCCAAUGCGGCGGCCAUGGCAAACUUUACGAUUUUCACCAACCAGGUUUUCUCGCUGCUCAAUCUCAGUUCACCGUCUUCGUCGCUGCAAAGGAACGGGACGCGCUACGGGGGCGGUAAGAUAUAUCCGGACGAUAUGAUGGACGGGGAUCCCGCAAGUGGGGCGGCUAGUGCCUCGCAGGACAACGAUGGUUUUGCGGCCUACUCCACAGCCUUGAGUGUGACCAUCGCCAUAGGAUGCUCGCUGUUGAUCCUAAAUGUGUUGAUCUUCGCGGGAGUCUACUACCAAAGGGACAAGACACGACUAAGCGAGCCCAGACCCCAAACCAAGCUGAAGAGGCAGGAAAACGGGCAAAUGCCGAAUAACAUAUGCGGGGAUCUGGAAACUCUGACCAUCCACGCGAAGAGCGAUCCCGCCACAAUACUGUCGCACCACCAUGCCAUGCAGCACCACCAACUGCCGCCGCCGGAAUUCGCAGACAUACCCCACCGAGCGCCGCCUCCUCCGAAGCACAUGAAAUCCCUGCAGGAUCCGGGGGGCGGUGGCUCGGUCAGCGGGGCGGUGGGCGUUUCCGGGGUGGUGCAAAUGCCGCCGCCACACGCGCUCCAAGUGAUGGGCAAUCAGUGCGGCACUCUGACCAAGAAGAGCUGCAUGAAGCAAACGCAGGCCCAGGCCCAGCAGCACUCACCCGCCCAGCAGCAGCAACAGCAACAGCAGCAGCAGCAGCAGCAACAUGUGGUGACCCAUCAGCAACACUUGCAGAAUCAUCAUAAUCAAAGCAUGACCACUGUGCUGACCACGGCCGGUGGAUUGGUGGUGCCCACGCCUCCCACUGUGCCGGUGAUUGUGGCCUCCACCACGCAGCACCAGCAGCAGCACCAGCAGCAUCAGCAGCAGCAGCAUCAGCAGCAGCAUCAGCAGCAACAGCAGCAACAUCCACUGAUGGAUGAGCUGCGAGUGUGACAUUAAUUGACCGUGCGUUUUAAAUGUGAUCUCUAAACGCACAGCCUCCCCAGCCUCCCCAGCCUCCUCAGCCUCGUCAGCCCUUCAACCCGAACUCCUUUCCCAAUGCGUUUCAGCUGUCUCUAUAUAUAAGGUACAUAGGCUAUGUGGUAGCCCGUAAGAGUAAGACCUGUGUCUAUCCAAUAUGCACAGAUGCUUCUCUCCGCUCAACUUUGUUGCUAGUUGGUUUUAAAAAUUACUCUGUAAAUAGCUAACCAAGUGUAGAUUGUUGUCGAACUCUUUAUUAAGGAAAGUUAACUUGGAAUUACA